CGUAAAGUACGAGUGAGCGUGUCCACGUAUUGCAUUGCCCAUUGGCGGCCCAUACUUCCUCGUGCCGGCAGCCAAGCGUCCUCUUCCCUCCUCCCAUCGUCUGUCAACUUUCGUGGUCCCUGCCUGCAUCUUCUUUUGCUGCUGGCAUCACGGGCUGCGUCUCCCUGUUGCAUCUACACCAAUUCGUCAAGAUGGCCGCCGGCAGUGCGCGCAUCGUGCGAUACAUUCUCCUCUCAGUCUUUGUCUUGGCUGUGUUCUACUACGUCUCCCACUCGUCCUACGACGGCCCGGCCCUCAACACCGAUUCCUUUACCAAAGGCACCGGCUUUGGAACCCAUGGAACCCCUGGAGGUCUGACGGGUAGUGGUAGCGGUGCUGCCGGCUCCGGCAGCAAUGCCGCCGCUGGUUCGGGCUCCUCUGGCAGCAGCUCGUCCAGCUCUUCUGGCUCCGGCCUCACGAACCAGCACAGCGGCCUCGAUGCGCCCAUGGCCAUGACCCCUGCCGAUGCUGGUUGGAACGACCUCACAGGCCCUGCCCCGGGUCCUCGCAUGAAUGCCACCUUCGUCACUCUCGCUCGCAACAGCGACGUUUGGGAGAUUGCCAAGUCGAUUCGCCACGUCGAGGACCGCUUCAACCGCCGCUACGGCUACGACUGGGUGUUCCUCAACGACAAGCCCUUUGACGCCACCUUCAAGAAAGUCACUUCGUCCCUGGUCUCUGGAAAGACCUUCUACGGCGAGAUCCCCAAGGAGCACUGGUCCUUUCCCGAAUGGAUUGACCAGGACAAGGCAAGAAAGGUCCGCGAGGAUAUGGCCCAGCGCAAGAUCAUCUACGGCGAUUCUGUGAGCUACCGCCACAUGUGCCGCUUCGAGUCCGGCUUCUUCUUCCGCCAGCCUCUGAUGAUGAACUACGAGUACUACUGGCGUGUCGAGCCCAGCAUUGAGCUUUACUGCGACAUCCACUACGACCCCUUCCGCUACAUGAAGGAGAACAACAAGAAGUACAGCUUCGUCCUCAGUCUGUACGAGUACGUUGAGACCAUCCCCACUCUCUGGGACAGCACCAAGAAGUUCAUGAAGAACCACCCCGAGCACAUUGCCAAGGAUAACUCGAUGGCCUUCCUCAGUGAUGACGGUGGUGACACUUACAACCACUGCCAUUUCUGGUCGAACUUCGAGGUCGGCAGUCUCGAGUGGCUCCGGUCCGAUGCCUACAUCGACUUCUUCGAGUCUCUGGACAAGGACGGUGGCUUCUUUUAUGAGCGUUGGGGUGAUGCCCCUGUCCACUCGAUUGGCGCUGGAAUCCUGCUGCCCAAGGAAGAGAUCCACUUCUUCAACGACAUUGCAUACUACCACGUCCCCUUUACCCACUGCCCGACUGGCGAGCAGAAGCGUAUCGACCUCCGCUGCCACUGCAACCCUAAGGAGAACUUUGACUGGAAGGGCUAUUCUUGCACUUCUCGGUACUUCGACCUGAACGGCUUGGAGAAGCCUGAAGGUUACGAGGCCCAGCAAGACUAAAUGACUGGGAAAACAGUUGGAUGUACUGAUACGGUGUUCACGGUUCAUUGGAAGCGCCGGAUGGGGUCAACCCGUGAUUUUGUCAUGCCAUGUCAACCUGCAAAUCCGGCACGCUCGACCUUCCGAGCACGGCCAAACAGAAAAGAACGAGUUGGAAGACAUGAGGAGUCUUCUAGUAGGGACGGCGUCACAACGGUCAAUUAUGUCAUUUUUGAGCAUUUGGGCUGAUCUUUUUGGACGGCACGGAUCGGAUCGGAGCGGCGGGCGGGCGUACCAAGCAAGCCAGGAAGAUGGCAAAUAUAGAAUGAAACCCACCAGG